UCUUCAACCUGAGAGUGUAGUUGUCAUGGACAAUGCCCCUUACCACGCUAAGGUGGAGAAUCCAACACCCACAAAAUAUGCAACGAAAGCAGUUAUGGUGGAUUGGCUGACACUAAACAGUAUUGACUGAGAUGUGGGUAUGAGGAAGGCUGAACUUUUUUCCCUUAUCGAAAACAAUCGCCCAAAAGAAGUGGUUUGUUCAAUUGAUAAGCUGAUUAAAGAUCAGGGACACCUUCCUCCAUAUCAUUGCAAUUUAAAUGCCAUAGAAUAUGCUUGGGCAACUGUUAAAAUAUUUGUGAGAAAUACAACAGGAGAUUUAAGCCUUGCUAAUUUAACUGCUCUUCUUUACGAUGCUGUAAAUAGGGUGACAGCUGACGAAUGGUGCUCUCAUUGUCAACAUGUCGAAAACCUCGAAAACAUAUAUUGGGAAAAAGAUGGGUUAAUGGCAGACAGCAUAAUAAUUAGCACAGCAGAUAAUUCUGAUUCUGAAGGAGCAGAAUCUUGCGAUGAGGAAACUGAUUCUUGUGAUGAAGAAUGGUAAUUAUAGAGAAACGCAAAACUUUCAAAUUUUUUUAUUAUUAAUGUUUUUUUACCUCGCAAAUUUUUCAGUGAAUGAAGCUGUAAUUUUUAAA